AUGUCCACCACUAAUAAUAUCGCCCAGGCCAGGAAACUGGUGGAGCAGCUAAGGAUCGAGGCAGGAAUCGAGCGGAUUAAGGUAUCCAAAGCGGCCGCCGAUUUGAUGAGUUACUGUGAGCAGCGCGCUCGCAGCGACCCGCUGCUAGUUGGCGUUCCCACCUCCGAAAACCCUUUUAAGGACAAGAAGCCCUGCAUCAUCCUAUAG